AUGACGGUGUCAUUCCUGAUCUGCUGGCUGCCGUUCUUCGCCAUCCGAGUCAUGAGCGCCGCCCUGGACUUCCAGCAGCUAAGAGCUUGGGCUAAGUGGUGGGGGCUCGGAUAUAGAGUUGUAGACAUCAACAGCUGGUUUAGCAUCGCAAUUAAUCCUAUCCUCUUCAGCCUUAUGUCCACUAAAUUCAGAAAGGCUUUAAAGUCGUUUUGGAAUACGAAGCUCAGGAAUAGCGUCUCAUCAAGUCCCGCCCAGGUGUAAGGUGUAAUACGUGAGCGCAGGCGCAGGCGAAGUUUCGAAAAAGGGUGCCAUGUGGUCAAUAGCACAGCACAGAUAUGUAUUUGUUAUUGUCAUGGAUAUUUUCUGUGUAUUUAAGUAUUUAUAUAUCGUUGUAUCGUUGUUGUACCCACAAUACAAGCGCUCUUGAGCUUAAUACAUUACGUCAUACCGAGUGAACCCCUGUAAGGCGGUAACAAAAGCAAAAAAUUCAACUAUAGGGUCUGUAGGCUAAGAGACUCCUUAAACUGACCAAUAAGUUCAGUAAACGUCCCAUAUAAAAUCCCCAUAGAGUAAUUAAGCACACCAUAAUUUCUAGAUCCUAUGGAAUUGCUUAAUACAAUAAUUAUGGCAUAUAGGGAAGCUAAUCACCUUUCAGUAAAAAAAUAAAAGAAAUGCUAAUAUACAGGAACUUUCGAGAAAAAAAAUCAAAAUCGAAAAUGACUAAUUUGGUUCUAAUACCGAUAUGAAUGAUGUUAGGACUGUGCUGAUUAUUCCAUACGAUAGUAUAUUGCUAGUUCUAUAAGUUCUCUUAAAAGUGUUUUUUUAUAAUCGAUACCGUUCUCAGGAUAUUUUGAGUUUUAGUCAAUUUUCGGGUACAUUUGCCCUAAA